UGGCUGCUGGCGCUGGCAGCCGUGGCGCUGGCGCUGGCGGCCACCUGGCCCAUGAUGCGCUCCUUCAGCACGUCCUACGUUCAGGAGGCACUGAUCACUGAUCUCUGCGACAUCGACAGCAGCUACAUGCGGGCGCCCGAUUCCUGCUUCUGGGUGGCGGAGGCCGACGGGGCGGUGGUGGGAAUGGUGGCUGUGGCCCCGCCUCAGGACCCGGCACAGCGCGGGGAGGCCCUGGAGCUGAAGCGGAUGUCGGUCAGCAAGGAUCACCGUGGCCGUGGCAUCUCCAAGGCGCUGUGCGGGGAGGUGCUGCGCUUCGCCCAGGCGCGAGGCUACAGAGCUGUGAUGCUGUACACCUCCGUAGUGCAGGUGGUGGCCCAGCGGCUGUACGAGAGGCAGGGCUUCAGGAAGGUGGGUGCCAGCAGCCCCUCGCUGCUUGCCAGCCUGGUCUCCUUCCAGAUCUUCCAGUACCGCUGUGAGCUGCCCGGCCGCCGCUAGGGCCUCCCCUGUUCCUGUAGCACUGAGAAAUAAACAGAGACUGUGGAAGGGUGCGAUGA